AUGGGAUGGAGCCUGGAUGAGAGUCAGGACUGGAGUAAAAGUGAUGACAGACUUCUCCAAGCUGUGGAGCAGAAUGAACCUGACAAAGUCUCAGCUCUUAUCGUUAAAAAAGGACUGUGUGCUACAAAGCUGGACGCUGAAGGGAAAUCAGCAUACCACUUGUGUGUAUCUCGUGGAAGACUUGACUGUUUAGAAGUUAUCAUUGCGAGCGGAGCAGAUCUUACAGUUGCAGAUGGGGCUGGUUUAAGUGCUGUCCAUCUUGCUGCCAAAAAUGGGCAACCAGAGUGUUUGAAAAGGCUCUUACAGGAACGAUUACCAGUAGAUUGCACAGACAGCAUUGGUCGGACCCCACUUCAUCAUGCAGCAAUCAGUGGAUGUUUGUCCUGUACUGAAAUCUUAUGGGAUUUCAAAGCCAACAUAGAUGCUCAAGACGCUGAAGAUGCAACUCCAUUGAUUUUAGCAGCCCAGAUGAGCAGAGUCGAGUUGUGUGUGUUUUUAUUAGGAAGAGGGGCCAACUGUAACAUCCAGGACAACCAAGGAAGGUCUGCACUGAUGUUGGCCUGUGAAAGCGACAGUGUGGAGACAGUGGCUGCUCUGCUGAGAGGAGGGGCCAACACACAGUUGGUCAAUGCCCUUGGACAUAAUGCCAGUGACAGUGAAGUUACAGACAAUCAAACAAUCCUAAAGAUGCUGUUGGAUGGGCCACCACCAGCUUCAGAGGGGGCUGGCGAGGAGCCUCUCUCAGUCACCUCAUCAAUCCAAGGGGGGACCGUUGCCCGCAAACGAAAAGCUCCUCCUCCACCACGCUCCCCUCUGCAGAACAUGGCGCCUUCACCACAGCCGAGAUCUUCUGCCCCUGCUCCCCCUGCAGCUUGUGUAGCCCCUGUAGCCCCCGUGACCCCUGAGCCUAUCCCCAGGUCUCCUUCCCCCCAGCCGGAGACGCCCAACUCAGGCCAAGCAAACGUAUCUGAGGAUGAGGAGGUCUUUGAGGAAAUACGCCGCUUACGUCUUGAGAGAGGACGUUUGCUGCAAAAGAUUAAAACUUUGGAACAGCAACAACAGAGCACCUCCUCUGCCCUGAGUGAGAUGGCCCAGUUGAAGCAGCGCUUACAGGAGGCAGAGAGUGAGAGAGACAAACUACUGGAGGAGUUAAAAGACGGCCAUGGUGUUGGGGCCAGCGACUCUGAUGACACUGAUGAAAUGUUGGCUUUCCCAGAAAAGCUGUUGUCAAAACGCUCCAGAGCAUCUCCUGCUCCUGAUGAAGCUGCUCAAGACUCGACGUCUGAGCUACGCAAACAAAUAGAAGAACUGGCAACACAAAACUCUGAACUAGUCCUUAAAGUACAGAUGCUGGAGAUGUUUGAGAAGGAUGACACAGACAUGCAGACCUCCAGCCCAGACUCUGUGCCCCUGGUGCAGUACGAGACCCUCAGGAAGGAGUUUGAGUCUUUGCAGGAGCGUUUGUCUCAGCUUCAGUCGGUGGACGAUGGCUCCAGUGUGGCAGAGGAAAAGGACCAGUCUGAGGCAGGAGCUACAGAUGGAGAGAGCCCAGACGUCCCCAAAGAUCAGAUACGAGAGCUUACAGAGCAGUUGGCCUCUGCACACACAGAACUGGAGGAGCUGAAAGAGCAAAUGCGUCUGGGCAUUCUCUCAGUGGACUGUGGAGAGGGGGAUUUGGCUGUGGCAGGUGGUGGGACUGAGAGAAGGUCCACAGAGGGUCCCAGCCAGGAAGACGUGCUCAGAGCCCGGGUGACUGAGUUGGAGGAGGAGCUUGUGAACCUGCAAAAGGCUCAGUCCAAUGGUAACAGCGGCUCCGACGGUGACACAAUCAAACAGCUGACAGAGAAAGUCAUACAACUCCAGAGUGCUUUGGACGAGUCGGGGUCUACAGGCGAGGAGGUGAGGGUCGAACAAGACGAAUCAAGUCUCGUGAAGUCCCUCCGCGAUAAAGUGGCUGAACUUGAGGGAGUGCUGGCUGAGACUAAAUCACGAAGCGAGCGCGGUGCCAGUGGGGAGAAUGACCGGGUGCAGCGUCUUCAGGAGAGACUGGGAGAGCUGGAGGCCGAGCUGAGAAAGCGCGUGGCCCGGUCAGAGCUGGAGGAGGUGCAGGUCACUCUGGGGCUGCAGUGCGAGCAGUUGGCCAGAGAGAGGGCAGAGGUAGCACGCAGGCUCAACGAUGCCCUCCUCGAGCUGGAGCGACUGAGGCCACAGCAUGGAGACGAGGAGGAGGAGGAGGAGGAGGAAGAGGAGGAGCCGUCACAGAGCUCCCAGCGCUCCGUUAGAUCAGACCACUCGAGGCAGUCCUUCUCAGCUGUAAGAGAGGAGCUGGAAGUGGCGAGACAAGAAGCUGCACAGGCGUUGGACUGUUUGUGUGCUGAGCGAGAAGGUCGUGCCCAGGACGCCCUGCAGCUGAAAGAUGCAGUUCCACUCUCUAAACACCAGGAGGCGCUGUCAGCCGUAUCAGAGCAGCUGGCACAGACACUGCAGGAGCUUCAGGAGGAGAGGACACGGAGGGGAGAAGCUGAGGAGCGAGCUGCUAGACUGGAGACCAAACUACCAUCUCUCCAAGACUCAGUGUCCAAAGAAGAGCAUGAGAAAGUGAAGGAAGAGCUACAGCGGGCCCUACAGGCCAUUCAGGGAAAGGCAGCAGCAGCUGAAGACGCUCUUACUGACAAAGAGCUGGAGCUGAGAGAACUCAAAUCCCAGAAGGCAUCAGCGCAGGGCCUCAUCUCCAAAGAGGACCAUGAAGCUCUACGCCUGUCUAUGCAAGCGGAAAUCAACACCAUAACCAAUCGAUUUAAUGAACUCACUCGCAAACAUGAGAAAACCUGCACAGAGGUUCAGAGAGAGGCUCUUUUUAACAAAAGUGAGCGACAGGCUGCAGAGACACAAGUGGCAGCGAUGCAACAGAAGCUACAUGAAAUACAAGCUCAGUCCAGCCACAUACAAGAGCUCCAUAAAGGCAUCCAGGAAUCCCAAAACCUAGUGAGGGAGAAGGACCGUAAGAUCACAGAGCUGUCUAAAGAGGUUUUUCGACUAAAGGAAGCUCUGGGUGCACUUUCCCCUCCUCUGGGCAUCUCCUCGUCUCCUCAUCACAACAGCAACCCCGGUCAGCAAGUGGCCUUACAGAACAGAGUGGCUGUGCUCACCCAGCAGCUUCAGGACUGGGAGAAGAAGCACAGGCAAGUUGUGGCAGUGUAUCGUUCCCAUCUUCUGUCGGCAGUGCAGGGCCAUAUGGAUGAGGAUGUUCAAGGUCUUCUUUUCCAAAUCCUGAGCAUGUCACAGCCAGAAUGA